CGUGGUUCGAGAAUCAAAUUUUUGACCCGGCCACUGUAAAAAAGUAGAUUUAACAAUGGAAUGAUGAAGAGAUAAAACACACAAAAAAACUUAACUUAACCAGGACUUGAAAUGUUUUGUUUACUUCGCAAGACAUGUCGUGGGUCGUUAAAUCACACGAUAAAUUUGUUCACUCCUAUCCUGAAAAAACAUUCGAGUCCGGCGGUCGCGCUACAAAUGCCAUUUCCAGAUAACAACCAACAGAAACGAAAACCCCCGAUAGUGAUAAAGUGUAAGAACGAAUCACUUAAUCACACUGCCGGUCAAACUUACGAAAAAUUUAAGCCAUUACCACUGGCAUCCAAGGGAUGGCACCAUGACAAAUCCAUCGGUGACUAUUUUGUCAUUUACCCCAAUUAUACUCAGCCUGAGCCCGCGCUGGACAAUACGGAUUCGGCGUCAUUCGAGAAUUUUGACUUGGACAAACAGCUGAUCGAGAAUCUAAGAACAAAUCAUAUCGGUAAUCCCUCGGAAAUUCAGAAUAAGGCCAUCCCCGCUUUGCUGUCCAGAAAGAACUGUAUCAUAGCUGCAGAAACAGGAUGCGGCAAAACGCUGGCCUACCUACUUCCUCUGCUCCAACAAAUAUUCCAUUGGAAAAAGCUGGCAACUCGCAACAUGAACGAGCCAUUAGGAUUGAUUAUAGUACCGUCAAGAGACUUGGCACAACAGAUCGCGAUGGUUGCAAAGAAAUUUUCUGCCGGCAUGAAUAUUAAGACACAUGUCUUAAUCGGUGGACACACGAAAAAAAAGAUGCUUAAUCCUGUAGUGGACGAUAUUGAUCUGUUGAUUGGAUCUCUUGGAAUUAUUAGUAAAUUCAUGACCACAAGCAUACAGAAAACCUCAUCCAUACGGCACGUGGUAAUUGACGAGGCUGACACCUUGUUCGAUGAUAGCUUCAGCGAAAAAGUUCUUCACAUAUUGAAGAAAAUCACUUUCAAUUCACCUGAGAUGAAAACUUCAAGCGAACUACCAGGUACCGCCCAAUUGACCCUGGUAUCGGCAACGAUGCCGAAAGACUUACCUGUGACGUUGGAGGCAGUCAUUGAUACCGAUUCCCUUGUGCGGCUGACAACGGAAAAAUUGCACCAGAUUUUGCCCCAGGUACGGCAAAAGUUUUUGAGAGUUGCUAACGCGUCUCGUUCAAUCGAAAUGUUGAAAAUCGUGAAGAACAAUUCGGAGAAGAAAUAUCAAACACUGAUUUUUUGCAACACCAAGAAGUCUUGUGAAUGGGUGUACCUGUUUUUAAGCGAUAUGAGUGUGAACUGCUCCUACACUCAUGGCACCUUACCGGCGAAAGUGCGGUUGGAUAGAUUUGCUGAAUUUCAGAGGGGUCACACCUUCGUUCUCGUUACGACUGAUGCUUGUUCCAGGGGACUCGACACUGCGACGGUCAAGCACGUCGUUAAUUUCGACUUUCCCCUUUACACGGCCGAUUACAUUCACAGGUGUGGAAGAACCGGGAGAUUGGGUGGCGAGGCGAAUUGUCAGAUAACGAAUUUCAUCUGUAGUGACCGAGAUAUCGAAACGGUUCGAAAAAUAGAAACGUCAAUAAGGAUGGGUAAACCACUGCCGCAAGUUGACGCUAACAUCACGAAAAUCGUAAAAGAAAAUAUUGAACGAAAUAUUGCAAUAGUCAAAGGACUGAUGAACGAAAGCUCCUCCCCGCGACAUUCGGAAACAGAAGAUUAAUUCACAGUCGCAUAU